CGCUAGCCUGCUGUGUCGUCAGGGGCGAUAACGAAACAGCUAGUCGCCGAGAUAACGAAGCGACUGUGUUUGUACUGAGAUCUUGUCGGUCGUCAGUAUCAACAGGCGCCGGCAAGCAUACACACGGCGACUAGUUGACAGCUGACUACAGUGCCCGAACGUUGUUGACGCAGAUGCUGAAACACCCGAAGCGUGCCAUGAGGAUGGUGUGUGGUCCACUGAACAUAUGAGAAGCAUGAUCGAUCCAUGCCAAACAAGAAUCAUAUCCAGCAAUCUUCAUAUCACCUCAAUUACAGCAACGAUCACCAAUCAGUACCGGACCAUCAUCGCUUUUUCAGCGCCCUCUUCUUUAGAUGAUCAUGUGGAGCAAGUUUCUGCUCCUUACCCUUCUGGGGCUCUUUCAGACCGGGCUCAGUGUGCCGUGGAAUGAAAAUGCUGAACCCAUGACUCUUAAAUCGGAUCCUAGAGAUAACAAUCCUGUGUGGACAGCGGAAGUCCGUUGGACUAAGGACUCACCCCCUACGCCAAAACAAGUCCAAGGUUUCGCAAGAUCAGGCCAUCAAUGGGUUCGCAAACAGCCAAAGGCCAAGACUGGAAAGACCGGCACCAUCCUGGUUGCUGCCGUGUAUGACCCAGCUGGGUGGCUAUAUUCGUCUACGAUUCCGCGAGGCGAAUUCUGGAAGCUUAUACAUCCCGACACUCCUGAUCCGGUUGGUGACGCCACAACUUGGCGGAAUGCCCGAGACGCGGUCGUAGCAAGUCUUCACGGCGACCAGAAACGGCCGUGUGCCGAGGACGGUGUCCUGUACGCAAUGGAGUCCUCGCUCAACAGCGGAGUCACAGACGCAAACCAAUUUCCGAAGGGCACUCUCGUGCAGGUUUGGGGAGCAUGGGGUUGGGACUCGGACGAGAUAAAGAAGACGGGCGAAAAGAAGAACCCCUGUGCAGGAAAGUGCGCGAAACUUUUGGACAGGCUUGGAAUCGAUCACAGCCCUGUUUCGGAGACGGAUGCGCCCGAAUGCAAAGAGAACUUUGAUGCGGGUGAAGGACCGAGCGGCCCCUCCAAGCGGCCCCCUUUAUCGUCGCCAGGAGAAUCGGCCGACCCCAAGCGCGUGGCCCGCCCCCAAGCAGGAUCAAGCAGGCCGCAAGCAGGAUCGAGCAAUCCGCAAGCAGGUUUAAGUAACCCGCAAGCAGGUUCAAGCAACCAAAAUCCGCCUGUGAAACCGCAAGCAGGGUCAAGCAACACGAAGCCGCCCGUCAGACCGCAUACAGGAUCAAGCAACACCAAGCCGCCCGCUCCAAGGGCUGCCCGAUCCGAAUCCGAGCAACCUGACCUCGAGGAAAAUGACACAGCCGAGAUCGAAGCCUUGAUAGAAGGCUUGUCCAUCCAUCCAGACGCUGGCCAGAACGUGCAUGCUCAGCCAACAACUGUCCAAACUGUUGGGUACGUCACGAACCCAGGAGGGGCAAUGGAUUUUAGUCCUACCCAACGCGUUUGAGCGACCGCAUCUCCUGGCCAGUGAACUCGACAGGGAGAAGUAUAGCAGGACCUGAUGGAGCAUCACGCACCCUCAAUUGAUCACGCUUUUAUUUGGUUGGCGUUUACUGCGGACAGGGCCAGGAAUCACACCGCACGGAAAACAUUUGUCGUCUUCUGCCAUUUUGCGCCAGGUCGCAGACUUGGACCUGGAAGGCCGAACCUCACGCACAGAGCCAACUUGGUACUGAUCUGCCGUCUAACCCCUAAUCUCGAUAAAUUCUAGACUAGAGUUGAUAGAAUCGAUAGAAUCGAUAGAAAUGAUAGAACCGAUAAAUGAUUACGAAC